AUGGCCAACUAUCUCGCCUCCAUUUUCGGUACCGAGCAGGACAAGGUCAAUUGCUCCUUCUACUACAAAAUCGGCGCCUGCAGACACGGAGAUCGCUGCUCUCGCAAACACGUCAAGCCGUCCUACUCCCAGACCAUCCUCAUGCCCAACAUGUACCAGAACCCGGCCUACGACCCCAAGAACAAGAUGAACCCCAGCCAGAUGCAAAAUCACUUCGAUGCCUUCUACGAGGACGUGUGGUGUGAGCUAUGCAAAUACGGCGAGUUGGAAGAAUUGGUCAUUUGUGACAACAACAAUGACCAUCUCAUUGGUAACGUCUACGGCCGGUUCAAAUACGAAGAAGAUGCGCAGUCGGCAUGCGACGCCUUAAACUCUCGAUGGUAUGCGGCCCGGCCCAUAUACUGCGAACUGUCACCAGUCACGGAUUUCCGAGAAGCCUGUUGUCGACUGAAUAGCGGCGAAGGAUGUGUACGUGGGGGCUUCUGCAAUUUCAUCCACCGGAAGGAUCCGUCAGACGAGCUUGACCGCGAGCUGCGACUGAGCACCAAGAAGUGGCUGAAGGAGCGUGGCAGAGAUCCCCGCAGCGUCUCUCGCAGCCCCAGCCCUGAGCCUACCCGCCGGAGAUACUAG